GAAGUUGAUUGGUUUUGAAUGAGUUUUAAUUUCUAUUAUUUCCAAUUUAGAGAGCCUUUAAACUUAAUUUAAAUAUCCCUAAUCAUUGCUUAUUCAGCCACCGCAAUUACCGCAAGUUUAAAUUGAAUAUAAUAUUAAAAAAUUGUUGAAAAUGUCAAAUGAAACAAAUAAAACAUUCUCAAAUCUGGAAACACCUGGUUAUGUUGGAUUUGCCAAUCUGCCUAAUCAGGUACACAGAAAAUCUGUAAAAAAGGGUUUCGAGUUCACCCUUAUGGUGGUCGGGGAAAGUGGACUGGGCAAAUCUACUCUGGUCAACUCUUUGUUCUUGACCGAUUUAUACCCUGAACGAGUAAUCCCUGAUGCUACUGAGAAAACAAACCAGACCGUGAAAUUAGACGCAUCGACGGUCGAGAUAGAAGAGCGCGGCGUGAAGCUGCGUUUGACCGUCGUGGACACGCCCGGCUACGGAGACGCGAUUGAUAACACGGAUUGUUUUCGAUCCAUAAUUCAAUACAUUGACGAGCAGUUCGAAAGAUUUCUUCGAGACGAGAGCGGCCUAAACCGUCGUAACAUUGUGGACAAUCGCAUUCAUUGCUGUUUCUACUUCAUAUCACCGUUUGGACACGGGUUAAAGCCUCUUGAUAUUGAGUUCAUGAAACAGCUGCACAACAAAGUUAACAUCGUACCGGUUAUCGCCAAAGCGGACUGUCUCACUAAGAAAGAAGUUCAGCGACUGAAAUCUAGGGUUAUGGAAGAAAUCGAAAGGGAAGGCAUAAAGAUAUACCCGCUGCCCGAUUGCGACAGUGACGAAGACGAAGAUUACAAAGAACAGGUCCGCCAGCUGAAGGAGGCGGUGCCGUUCGCAGUGUGCGGCGCGGGCCAGCAGCUGGAGGUGCGCGGGCGGCGGGUGCGCGGCCGCCUCUACCCCUGGGGAGUCGUCGAGGUCGAGAACCCUGAGCACUGCGACUUCAUCAAACUCAGGACCAUGCUCAUUACCCACAUGCAGGACCUCCAAGAGGUCACACAGGAAGUUCACUAUGAGAACUAUCGUUCGGAGAGACUCGCCCGCACCGGCCAAGUUCCGAAACGCCACACGUCAACUGAAAGCGGACUUAGUGAGGCGGACUCUGCGCUCACCAAUGGCUCCGCGGAAGACUCCACCGAGCGCGAGCGUGCCCUACGUGAAAAGGAGGCAGAAUUACGUCGCAUGCAAGAGAUGUUGGAGCAGAUGCAGCGGCAAAUGCAAUUGCAGGCCGCCGGUGCUACCACCGCCACCUCAACCACUGCAUAGUGUACGCUAACGGCGCAGUGGGACACACAAAUGUUUCGGCUGCCUGACAUGUGCGACGUGGUCAAUUCCAUACUGCGCGCCAUUCCCUACUGUGCUACUUCCACUUGACUGUACACUAUGACGAUAUCAUUUAAAGUAUGGCAAAUGUUAAAAAUGUCUCAAAAAAAUUUAUUAUGCAAUGACUAGGUACGAGGGGCAUUUUGAAAUUCUUUGGAGUCUCUAUCGAUUUGGUACCUUAAAUAUGACUUUAUUAAAAGCCAUGUCAUGACAUUUUUACAUCAUUUGCGUUGAAACAAGUUUAUCUCCUCGUCAUUUUAAGGAUACUAGAGUAUUAAAAUUUUAUCUCAAAUAAUUAUUUUAUAGAUGUUUUUAUAGAUCGAAUAUUUCUCUCUAUUGUAGUUGUCUAAGAUAAACUAUACGUAAAUUCAAUGAUACAUUUGAAUCUAGCACAUGGCUUGGAAGUUUUUUGGAUUUACUUUGACGAAAUUGAAUUGAUUUUAAAAUAAUAAACAUACCAUAACCUGGUAGACGAAAUAUGUUAUUUAGACAUAUACUGUAAGUUCUUUAUAAGAUCUAAUUAAUAGUGAUCUGAUGUUUGAUUGUAUUCAUUAUUCUCGUGCCAUUGUCGACUUUUUAUUUCGUAUUUAAACUCUUGCAUGAAAUAUUUUCAUUGAUCCCAAUAAUUGUAUGUACUUAAUAAGUAUCUAAACUGUAGUAAGGAGAGCCAAAUCGGAUUAUCUGCGUUUUUUUUUUGUAAAAUAUCCCUUUGCCACAAAUAAUAUUGAUCUGGUCCCACUUUAAAGAAGAAUUAAGCUUAGAAAUACUAUAUAUAUAGCAUUUAUGGCGUUCGCAUCUAAAGGUAAUUUGGUAAAUUAACUUAUACUUAAAAAAAUCAGCAAUGUCACUAGCGUAUUACAGCAUCGCAUAUAUUGCUGUAGACCUCACAUCCCCUUAUUCA